AUGAAAAAGGAAACAUUUUAUUCAGAGGGUAAAUUGGUUGACAGUUGACCUGGAUGUACAUCGACUGGUGAGAUUUCGAUCACACAAAAUCCUCGUAUUUAAAGUGCAAAACAACAGCUUUUAUCGCUUUCAAUCAAAGUUGUUUCUUUAAAAAUCCACGGCAGAAAAGCUGAAAUUGUUUGCCACCUUACUGCUGAAAGAGUAGAUGUUUGAUAUUGGUUUAAAUUUCCUAGAGGCAGAUUGCUUUUUUUUGCUUCAAGAAAAUUAAAUAUCAAAUGACUGGAGACAACAUGGUUGCGUGCUCUGAGGAGGAUUUUAAACUUAAAGACUUGCUGUUUUUCACAAAACUUUCUUUAUAACGAAUGAAAAUCUGAUUUUAAAGUUAUUCUUGUAAAGUGAUUUUGUGUGGAAAAAUCUCUUGUAGGAAGGCAAAAAUCUAAACAAACCUUACUUACAGGUAGUUCUAACAAUACAAUGAACUUUUUAGAUUUAUUUUUGCAGUAUUUUAAAGAGCUCUUAGUUGGCUUUAAAUCAGUUUUGUCGUCAUGGAUGCGGUCAAGCAACAGUCUGCUGUGCUGCAGUUUUUAACAAAGGUCUUUCUCCAGCGCAGCAACGUUCAUAUACUGAGCUGCUGAGGCAGCAGGUCUGAUGCAACAGUGAGCACAGCCACUGAGAACAGUUCAAAACAUUCAUUAAAUAACAUUUUAACUCUAAAAUCAAAAGUUCAAUUUGGUUUGACAGAACUUGUUCACUCUUUUAUUGUUUUUAAAUGUAAGAAUUAUGUAAAUGCUCUAUAUCAUCACAAACAUCUGUUCUGUCUUUAAAUCUGAUAUAACUUCUAGUCACCCUCGUUUUACUGAUUGUUUACAAUUCUUUUUGUCAAACGACAAACCUGUCAAGCUCCUCCCACAUGUUAGACAUCUUAAGCUCCUCCCACAUGUUAGACAUCUUAAGAUCCUCCCACAUCUUAGAGACACAUCUUCAGAUUAGUUCUGGUUCUUUUUUCACAUCAGAGAAGAAGCUGGAAGCAGCCAGAACGAGCUGGUCUUUCAGGGUUYUGGUCCGGUUCUUGGUGGUUCUGACCCAGCUGGUGGGCUCUGGUCAGGUUCUUGGUGGUUCUGACCCAGMUGAGGACUUCAGUCAUAUAUAUUCCCCUUUUUAUUUCAUACUUGCAGCUGCAGAAUUAAGAGAUUCAUUCAUGUUUGUCCUCUCAUCAAAUAUCAAACUAAAAGUGUGUGCAAGUCCUUAGCUGGUGUUUUUAAACGCAUCUCUCGUCAUUUGAUUGCCAAAUUGCGGUUGCAUUUGUUCGAUCUUCUAAGACACAGGUGAUGAGCCCUCACGCUGGCUUGAUUCAUGCAGAAUCAGGUUUAAAAAUGGACACUUUUGUCCUGCAGGCUCUUGUGGCGGAAGAGAUAAGAGACGGUGCGAAGGCCUUUGAACCAUGAGCUUCAAUGACAACUUCAAUUGACCUUUUAUAUCCCAUUUAGCAACGCGAGCUAACAACUCCUCUCAUUUCCCCUUUGCAACCCGGUCUCCCCUCCCAGUUUUUUGAGCUCGGUGUUUAAACCGUUACGUGUGAUGUUCUGUUUUAACGGCGUGGUCUGAUGUUCCAGAUUUUUGUUUUCAACCUGCACCCUCCCACUUUGCUCCAUUUGCAUGGCAACCCUUCACCAGGCAGCAGCUGCUGCUGCCCGUUCCUUUUCUUCAUGUUGAAUUCUAAUCAUUACUUUCAAAGGAAAGCAUCUCUAAAGCUCCUUGAUCAAGUGUUCGUACUGGGAGGAGGCAAACCGCUGUCCAACACCCACUCAGGCUGCUCUUCGUCUUCUUAAGAUGUCACUUCUGCCGCUGAGGUGCCCUCCUUGUUUGUAACCUGCUUCUUCAAGUUUAGACAAAGUAGCCCAUAAGGUUUGCAGUGAGGCCAUGAGGUUGAUUCUGGUAAAACCUACCAAUGCCACAAGACGUCUCGACUCAACAGGCGAAGUCUUCCAAGACGGAGACCAUGAACAUUUUGCCCCAACAGGUCCUGACAAGAAGCACGAUCCAUACUCUGAAACUUUGGGAGACCCAUCUUCAUCGCCACAGGAAAAGAGCCAGUGCUGCGCUUCGUCUUCACUCUGUGACAAAUCGAACGGUGUCAGUCCUCCAAAAGAUUCGGCUCAGAUGUCGCCACAAAAAACCCCAAACUUUGCCCUGUCGCAGCUGAGUGACCAGGACUGGCUGCUGCUUUGUGACCAGGUUAGCAGCGYGGAAGAUAAUCCACCCUCAGCAGGAAGAGCAGGGAACAGCAYGAGACGUCCAAACCACAGUGACAGAUGUGUCUGCCCCUGUGCUGAGGGUCAGCAGCCUUUGGAAACUUCUACUCUUCUGCCACAAUCAAAUCGGGGAUCAAUUCGAGAAAGUUUCCGAGCAAGAAAUAAGAGAAUUUCUUCACCUCGCACCCAUCCUUUCUCUCAAAGCACCCGCAGUUAUACUAGUUGCUUCUUACAGCAAACAAACCACAAAGAUCCCCAGAAAUUCCCAGCAAACCUUCCGAGGAAUAUUGUUGUGCCUCAACGCACUGAUCCAGAAGAUCCGAAAGAGUCGCCUCRUAGUCAUUUUAAACUCAAAGGCUGCGGCCAAGCAACAUGUCCGAAYUUGUUUAAUAUCCCUCUACAGUCCAUUGAGCGUGCCAAGACGAAUAAAGUUCAAAAAGAGCCUCAGCUCCCUGCUAGUGCAGACGUCAACUGGAAUAAGCUUUUCGGWAAGGAACCGCUGUUGGUUCAGCAACGUCAGAAAAAGGAGUCCUGCUCAAUAAUUGGUGAUCAAACAUGCAAGUCAUCUGAAGAUCCAACCUUUGUCCUCAAGUGUCGGCAUCUCCCUUACAGCUGUUUGACCCAUACACACAGAUCAUAUACAACAAGCAGUCAAAGAAGUUUAAAAUCCAUCUCCACCAGCCAGUGUAGCUUGCUCGAGAACCAGGAUUCAGUGGAGGAGCAACAUAUUCAGACAAACUCCCAGCACAGCAGCGGAUCGAAAGUAUCUCCCUCUAAAUUCUCUCCUCCACUCUCUGAAACCUUGGAAUCGGGCAAUGUCCUCAACGGAGAUGCAGAGCGACCACUCAGCAGCCAGGGUACUUUUAGUUCCAGUCUCACAGAUUUUCCGUCCGGUCAGCAGCCGCUCCAGCUCCUCCACAGUGCCAUCCUUGAGGACGCCUUCUCCAAAGUCCUCAGAGCAGACUCCAGCAAGGCCAACAGUGAGAACCUUGUCAGAGCGGAAGACAGCAAACCCCAGAAGAACACAAAAGACAUAAGCUACCGGCUGAGUCAGAGGAGAGCUCUGUUUGGGAAGCGCAAACAGCUGAGCGACUACGCAUUGAUCUGUGGCAUGUUUGGCAUUAUUGCCAUGGUCAUCGAGACAGAGCUGUCGAGGACCUUUUACAGCAAGGAAUCUAUUUAUUCAUAUGUAAUAAAGAGCCUGAUCAGCAUUUCCACCGCCAUUCUUCUUGGACUCAUUCUGAUGUACCACGCAAGGGAAAUCCAGCUCUUCAUGGUGGACAAUGGUGCAGAUGACUGGAGGAUAGCCAUGACUUUUCAGAGGAUUCUUUUUAUUGCGUUGGAGCUUCUUGUCUGUGCCAUCCACCCAAUCCCGGGUCGGUUUGUGUUCACCUGGACUGCUCGCCUGGCCUUCAGCUACACAGCAUCCGUGGCCGACGCCGACGUGGACAUCCUUCUCUCGGUGCCCAUGUUCCUACGCCUGUACCUGAUCGGCAGGGUCAUGUUGCUCCACAGCAAGCUGUUCACAGACGCCUCCUCUCGCAGCAUCGGGGCCCUCAACAAGAUCAGCUUCGACACUCGUUUUGUCAUGAAGACUCUGAUGACCAUCUGCCCGGGCACUGUCCUGCUUGUCUUCAGCGUGUCCUGUUGGAUCAUUGCAGCGUGGACUGUCCGCAUAUGUGAGAGGUAUCAUGAUGCACAGGAAGUAACCAGCACUUUCCUUGGAGCCAUGUGGCUGAUCUCCAUCACCUUCCUGUCCAUUGGCUAUGGAGAUAUGGUCCCUCACACCUACUGUGGAAAAGGGGUUUGUCUGCUAACAGGAAUUAUGGGAGCAGGUUGUACUGCCUUGGUAGUCGCCGUCGUAGCAAGGAAGUCAGAACUCACUAGAGCUGAAAAACACGUUCAUAACUUCAUGAUGGAUACUCAGCUUUACAAAAAGAUAAAAAACACAGCAGCAAAUGUACUCAGGGAGACGUGGCUCAUUUACAAAAACACCAAACUGGUCAAAAAGAUUGAUCGUUCCCGCGUAAGGCACCACCAGCGUAAAUUCCUUCAAGCCAUCCACCAACUGCGAAGACUGAAAAUGGAGCAAAGGAAAUUAACUGACCAGGCAAAUACAGUUGCUGAUCUUGCAAAGACGCAGAACAUGAUGUACGAUCUGGUAUCAGAACUUCAGCAUCGAACCGGGGAGAUGGACAGGAGGAUUGUGGCUCUGGAAGAAAAACUGGACUCCAUCCUUCUCGGCGUGCAGUCACUGCCGGUUGUGCUCUCUCAAGCAGUAACAAAGCUACAAAGGGACUUCCUGGACGACUUAGCCUGUCGUGUUCACUUCCUGUCUUCCUCAUUGAGCUCUGAGUGCUUUUCGGCACCUCCCAAACAACUUUGUCCAGGAUCCACCACACCAGAGACACCGUACAGCUAAUAGGCCUUUAUCUGGAGUUUUCCUCUUAGUGUGUACUGUUUUUAUUUUAUUCUUGAUGGACUAUUAUUCAAACAACUAAAGAUGUUGAAAAUGUUGAUACUAGAAAAAGGCACAAGCCUUAUAUCUCCCGAAGGCAUGUAAGAACAAGAUUUAUAGCUAUGUGUUAAAAUAAAAAGUUUAAUCAA